AUGGAGGAAGAGGAGCACGAGGUUUAUGGGGGAGAAAUUCCCGACGUCGGAGAGAUGGAUGGUGAUAUGGAAGUUCCUAAUCCUGAUAUGGACAUGACUGCUGCUGAUGAUGAUGCCGUUAAGGAGUUGGAUGAGAUGAAGAAGCGAUUGAAGGAGAUGGAGGAUGAGGCUGCUGCUCUGCGUGAGAUGCAGGCUAAGGUCGAGAAGGAAAUGGGAGCUCAAGAUCCUGCUAGCAUUGCAGCAAAUCAAGCAGGGAAGGAGGAGGUGGAUGCUCGAUCGGUUUUUGUUGGCAAUGUCGAUUAUGCAUGUACACCGGAAGAAGUGCAGCAGCAUUUCCAAACAUGCGGCACUGUCCAUCGGGUGACUAUUCUGACAGACAAAUUCGGCCAGCCAAAAGGAUUUGCUUAUGUGGAGUUUGUGGAAGUCGAAGCUGUACAAGAGGCACUGCAACUGAAUGAAUCAGAGUUACAUGGUCGUCAACUAAAGGUCUUGCCUAAGAGAACAAACGUUCCUGGAUUGAAACAGUUCCGCGGUAGGCGUUUCAACCCAUACAUGGGCUACAGGUUCCGCAGACCUUUCAUGCCUCCUUACAUGUAUUCUCCAUACGGAUACGGGAAAGCUCCGAGGUUCAGAAGGCCAAUGCGUUACAUGCCUUACCAAUAA